UAAUCUAUCAAUUUCUCCUUUAAAUGAUUCGCAUACUAUUUCCGCAUUUGCAGCCAUAGCUUAAAUCGGUAUUGGCUAGAUUACCAACCGUAGGCUAUUUGUUAUUUUGGAACUGAAUGCGCGGAUAUGAUGGACGCCAUUAACGAGAUUGCAGAUACAAUUACUGGGAAAACUCUUCCUCAUGUGGCAAAGCAGAUGAAUUGUUGCUAUUUAAUUUUUAUGACGAUACAAGCUUGCAAGACACAUGACUACGCAUGGCACAAGAAGAACUGGUUCCUUUCAUACUGUAAAGCGGUUCUAUAUGGAUUCGGUUGUGAUAUUAUUCUAUCAAUUUUGAUGGGGAAAUCUUCGGUGGAGGCAAUGUCAGUCAAUAGAUCGUUGGCACUAAUUGCCUUAGCAUGGUGGCUCGUUCUUUUUCUUCCGUACGAUGUUUUCAAUAAAUUCUUGUAUUUCAAAGUUGGAGAAAUUCAACCAAUGUUUUUGAUUAUGGUGACUUUUGCAACUGCUCGUCGCAUGGUGAAAACAAGUGUAGCUGUUGAAGCUUGCCUAGCAGCUUAUCCCGGGUCCUACAUCGCCGUGCUUGCUGGCACUUUGGUGUCCAAUGGAACAACGAUAGUUGCGGAUGUUUUUGGCGACUUUGCAGACAGAAUAACAAACAUAACGACAGGCAGGCUUGCCGUGAGCGCGUCAAUCAUGUUUACUCUCAUUGGAACUGGAGUCAUCACUUCAAUCUCUCAUUCUCUCGCAUUAGCAUUUUUCGUUGUCUUCGGUAUCAUAGUUGAGUCGAUGGAGGCGAGCAAUUACCAUUUCAAAGGAUUCGAUUACAUGCAUGAUGCAAUCGGAAAAAUCAUUGCAACAAAAGAUUGGGUCGGCAAGAAAUAGCAAAUAUUUCAAAAGAGCACCACUUUAAAACUUUUCGCCAUUCAUUGGGGAGAUGUGAGCACGGAAGAUCAAUAUUAUAACCUCUAUUUUGAGUCUAUAUUUGCAAGACAACAUUAUGUACUUAUUCCAUAUUAUUGUAUCAUCAUGUUAUUACCACUAACCCCUCGUAGGUUACAAAAUAUUAUUUUAUCUAAUUCGGCACUUUAUAACUGACCUAUAUUUUUAAUAGAAAUAAAUGUGACUCUUGUUUAUUGACUAUUGUU